AUGGCCGAGGAGAAGACCUUUCGUUAUGGGUUCAUCAUACUGGGAUUCUUCCUGGUGAUGACGGGGAUGUUCAUCAUGAGCAUGGAGAAGCCCCAGAUCUACAUCACCUUCUGCGCCCUGGGAGUGCUGCUCGUGGCUGUGGGCAUCACCUGGAGCAUGUGCCAGUGCUACCCGAAGAUAACAUUCAUCCCUGUGGAUGUCGAGGCCGAGCGGUUCCUGGAGCACAAGCCCAUCGUGCUGCCGGGCAAGGACACCUGCUUGCUCGCACCCUGCGCCAAGCAAGAGGCCAGCAGCGCCUAUGAGAAAAGCCUGCCGUCCUACGAGCAGGUCCAGAGGCAGGGGGUGGGCUCAGCCCUGCUCCCCCCUGCCCAGCACAGAGCCCACGGCUGCUCCCAGCCAGCCCUGCAGGCCAGAGCAGAGGUGCACCAGGAGCUGGGGGGUGCUGGGGACCCCCCCAAAGAGCUGGUGCCUCGUCUGGAAGCAGCAUCCGGCGGCUGCCCGGCCCGGCCGGCGCUGGGGGACGCGCCGCUGGCAUCCCUCCUGGAGGACAUGGACACGCCAUCGCUGGAGGGC